GUUUGCUAGGAGAACGAUACCUGCCCGAAUGCAUAAUGCCAGCUGUGAAUUAGGUGGAGGAGGAAUAAUGAUCUGGGGCUGUUUUUCAUUGCUCGGGCCAGGCCCCUUAAUUCAAGUGAAGGGAAAUCUUAAGGAAACAGCAUACAAUGACAUUCUAGACGAUUCUGUGCUUCCAACUUUGUGGCAAAAGGCCCUUUCACGUUUCAACAUGAGUCUUGUGGAGCACACACCCAUUUGCUUUAGUCUCUAUUUGUUAGAAACGAAACUAUGACAAUAACCACAUAACCCGCCCAUUGGAAGGUAACAAUGUGGUCCAUAUCUAAUCAGACAGUCAUUUGCUCUUGAAACUCAGAGACGACAAGAUGGCUAUCUCUUGUCCAACUAAGAGAAUGGCUCAGAACUCCUUGAAAAUUAAGCUGCAGGAUUUAGAAUGCCACUUCACCUGGAAGCUGGACUGCAGCAGAUCUAAACUAGAAAGUCUCAGAGAAACCCUGAUAGAUAUCAUCAGCAGCGAGGGGGUUCAAUGUUCCUGGACGGGUCAACUGUACAACUUCCUGGCUUACCUACACCACACUUUGGGCUCCAGAGAGGACGCUCUUCAAUACCUGAAGAAGGCUGAAGAGGCCAUUCGCCUAAACAGCCCAGACGACGUGGAGCUAAGUCUGGUGGUCCACUAUGGGAACUUGGCCUGGGUGCACUAUCACCAAGGGGAGCUGACAGAGAGCCAGACCUAUGUGGAGAAGGUGGGGAGACUACUGAAGGACAACCCCUCAACCUGCCCAGGUGUAGUGUGGGGAGAAAGGGCCUGGACUUUGAAUAAGUUUGAUGUAAGCAAGAAGGCAGAAGCACUACAUUGCUUCUGGAUGGCUUUAAAGGGGGACCCUGAGAACAAGGUGCUGCGAUGCGGCUACGCCAUGGCGUUUAAUAAAUCUGUUGAAAAUAAAGACAUUACCCCGAAGCUGCGAUCUGAGAUGUUGGAGCACCUACGGAUUGCUAGAGAAUUGGAUCCAGAAGAUUUGUACAUCACAGUGAUGUACCUGCAGAGGCUUGCAGAGAGCGGCCAGGUUGAGGAAGCACGUAAACUUGCAGAGGAAGUGAUAGAGAAGCCUUUGGACAGCUUUGGUGGAUUUGGAAUCUUGCUAUCAUUUUUCAGAGAAUACGUCUCUCAUGAUUCAAGCAUUGACCUGGUAAGAAGGACCCUGGAGAGACACCCUGAUUCACGCCAGCUGAAGAAGCAUCUUGCACAGUGUUACAAGUGGAAGAUUUUCUCUCAAGAAGAGAAAAGGAACUCAAUGAGGCAUAUUCUGAUUGAAAAUGCAGUCAACCUUUAUGAAGAGGUGGUCACACUCUACCCAAAAUCCCUUGCAAUAAAACUGGGACUGUCUGCCAUGUACAAAGAAUCUGGCAGAGUUGAUAGAGCAGAUAAGAUUUUUGAGGACCUGCUUCUUGAUAGGGAAGGAAUGGAACCACAGGAUUUACAAAAAUUUUACAACUGGUAUGCCCAACAUCUGUUUUAUGCAAAACACGAUGCUUCCAGGUCAAUUAAUUUCCACAAGAAGGCAGCAGAAAUUAUGCUACCCACUGACCAACGUGAUAGCAGUAUUCAUGUUCUGUUGUCCAUUGUCCGUAAUGGAGGUGACAGAGCGAAGGAAAUUGUGAACUUUCUGGAUGGCCUUGAUGGAGAAGGUGCUGUCGGCAAAUUCUAA